AUACGUCACCGUGUGCGACUGACGUCAUAUGCUCGACGCGUGCAGCUCGUUAGCUGUUUAGCUCUGAGCUGUGAAUUUAUCCCGUUGUUUUUAUGGCGAAUGGAUGCCAGGGUGAGCUAUUCGUGCGGGGUACGGGGCAGAGUGAUGACUCCGAUAUUUGGGAUGACACCGCUUUGAUAAAAGCCUAUGAUAAGGCUGUAGCGUCAUUUAAGACUGCCCUUAAAGGGGAAGACGAGCCGCAAGCUUCGGUCAAGAUCCCACCGGGCAAGAAGCGCAAGAAUAAUAAAAACAAGAACAGUAGGAAAAGAACGAAUGCAUUGCCAGAUAAAGAGUGGCAAGUUGGCGAUUCUUGCUGCGCUUACUGGUCAGAAGACAGUCAACUGUACUCGGCUACCAUCUCCUCCGUCGACAAGGAGAGGGCCACAUGCGUCGUUGUCUACACCAACUAUGGCAAUGAAGAAGAGCAGAACCUCGCAGACUUGCUUUCAGAGAUCUCUGAGAAUGACGAAGAACCCAAAACCACGACCCAGGAGGCAGAAUCGUCCACAGAGGAGAGUGACAGGUCAAAUGAACCAAACCAGCACAAGCAGCAACAUCCGCACAGUAAAAGCCGAAAGGCCAACUUCCACAAGGUUCCUCCCCCUAUGUGGGCUCCUGGAUUCCCUCCUCCAUGCCCGCCUCCCAUGCCACCGUUCAGACAGGGUGGAAAAAGGCAUGUGGGUAAACACGGGCAUGCACCUCCUCCCUGGCAUCCCAUGAUGCAAUUCGGCCCACCGAUGAUCCCUCCUCCUCCUCCCAUGAGUCCCGAAAUGGGAGAUGACGAGGCCAUGAGCAGCAUGCUCAUCUCCUGGUACAUGAGUGGAUACCACACAGGCUACUAUCUGGGUUUGAAACACGGUCGCAACGAAGCUGCCAAAUGGACCAAACCGCACCAGAAGUGAAAAACAAGAAAGUGGCCGUUGUACUUGUUAGUGAAUGCUCAACCAAGGGACGACAGUUUUGUAUUCUCUGUAAAUAGAUUUAAUAAAAGAUAUGAAAUGAA